AUGGGAUCCAAAAGCGAACCUGCCACUUUUCUAGGCUUUUUGGGUGAUCGGGUGCCUCCAGAAGACACCACAAGGGCUUGCGAGAUUAGCCAGCUUGGUGGAAAACCGCGCUGGUUGACCGCAGAGCCGCCGGACACUGCACCCUUCAAAUGCCGGGGAUGUGGAGCGGAUCUCGACCUCGUCUGCCAACUGUCUACACCUUACUCUACGAACUGGCGCUCGCUGUAUCUUUUCGGCUGCCACAGAACGAGCGCGUGCUCUCUCGAUGCAGCCAACUGGGUGGCGCUCCGCGGUGUCGUGGCCCCGCCAUCUGGUGCCGAAUUGCCUGGCAAAGUGGAAAAUGAUGUUCAGAGAAAGAUCGAAAUUCGGAAGUCUUCUGGUCCCGCCUGUGGCGCGGCUCCUGCCUUCGCUGGAUGCGUGUCCAUGUUCGACCCGCCGUCAGGAACAGGAGAAGCAGUCAAUGCGUCGGAUGACUUCUUUCAGUCAAAUGACGACUGGCUGGACGCUGCUUUCUCGGAAACCAGCAACUGGGGACAGAGUUGCAGCAGGGGAACGCUCGUAGGUGGACGCCCGGACCAGACAUCGGGUGUGGAGCAGCGCGAGGUCGGCGACGGCUUCGAAAAGGACAAACGAGAAAGUGUUUUCUUUAACGGAGAAGACCGUAAAAGUUCUGAAGUUGCGUUGCCCGUGUCUGGCGAUGAUGCUCAUGCGUUGCUGAGCCAAUUUUGCGGCGGGGAUCGCUUCGCGAACACCAACGAUCUUGCCAGCGUGAAUACUGUGAAUGCGCCCGCUGGCAGAACCGCCUCAGCUGGCAAGAGCGGUGGAGAUGCAAACCAUACGCAAGAGUCUUGUGAGACUGGGUCCAGCCGUCCUAGCUCUCAAAGUAAAGAUACACCCUUGCUGCCGGCGUUUUUCAUUGAAGUGGAUGAAGAGCCCAUGGAGGAAUCAACUGCGCAAAAACGACUAGACGAACGCGCCCGCGAGUUGUGGAGUGACUAUCAGCGCAGGGACGACGACAAUAGUUUGGCGCAAGAGGACGAAGCAGAUCGAGCCUUUUUCGGCGGCGGAGCAUUUCAAAAUGAGGAGUACGAGGCCGCCGAGGACAAGGUCCUCCAGGCCUUUCAACGGCGGCUAAGCAGAAACCCCCAGCAGAUCAUCCGCUACAGCUUCGGCGGCAAGCCGUUGUGGAUCCGGACAGAUGGCAUUGCUGCGGGAUCUCAGGAGCCGUCCAGAUGCGAACGAUGUGGAGCAAGAAGGGUAUUUGAAAUGCAACUCAUGCCUACCCUCAUCCACACAGUCAAACAAAAGUGCCCGGGAAUUGACAGUACGCUGCUCAAGAACGGUGUUAGCCCGAACUGGGGUACUGUCGUUAUUUUUACAUGCUCGGAAGACUGUGUACGAGAUUGUCCUUAUCAGCGAGAGUUUCUGGUAGUCCAAGAAGGAAUGUGAGAUUCGGGCAAAAAGUAAGGAAAUCUACACAUACUUUUACGAUUGAUGGGUGUUGUUCGAUUUGACAGGACGGGAACCCCUCUUUCUACAGCGAUCCGGCGGCAGAUAUAGUGACUGCCUUUGUAUGUAGCUACUGCGUAUUCUUCAGGCUCCGAUCAAAUUCCAGUGCUGCUCUUGU